GAGGGCGCGGGGGGCCGGGGGGGACCCGCCGGCUUCUGGGACUUGUAGUGCGGGCUGCGGCCGCCGCUUCUCGCCCGGCCCGGGCCGGGACUACGGUGCCCACAUGGCCUUGCGGCCCGGCGCAUGAGCGCUCGGGCGCUGUAGCGCAUCUAUUAUACUGCCUUGCCGAGGAUAAAAAGAAGAGCAACUGGAGGGACUGUAAGGCAAACGUUGCUGGAGCUGCCGGGGCAAAGUGAUAAGUCUGCAAAACCCUCUAUGGUGAGGUGCUGAGCCACAGAAACCUUGCAGCUCAGUGAGAGGGGAGAGCUGCUGAGCACUCUGCAGGAUCAGGCUUGAAGUGGUUCCUGAAUCCCAGAGGACUGGGCUGCUGGCUGUGCUGUGGUUUGCACUGCACUUCCAGUGUGCCCUCAGCCACAUUCCUGCCUCCCCGAGCUCUCCUGCCCCUCGUCCUGCUCCUGACACGUUGAGAGCAUGGAUGUUUGCUCUAGGUUGUAUGGUUGCACCCUGGAAAUGGGAUGUCAGUCCCAUUCAGGGAGCAUAAAGGAAGAAAGAAAAUCUCCCCGUUGCUGCCGCAGUGACAGCGAGUGAGAGCCCGGGCAGGAAGAUGUCGGCGGUCGCCUCAGCGAUCCAGGCUCCUCAGGGCCCUGUGAAUCCGCCCCCUCCAGAGGUGACAAAUCCCAACAAACCCGGCCGAAAGACCAACCAGCUGCAAUAUAUGCAAAAUGUUGUGGUGAAGACCUUGUGGAAGCAUCAGUUUGCUUGGCCUUUCUACCAGCCUGUUGAUGCAAUUAAACUGAAUUUGCCGGAUUAUCACAAAAUAAUAAAAAACCCCAUGGACAUGGGGACGAUCAAGAAGCGCCUGGAACACAACUAUUACUGGAGUGCCAGUGAAUGUAUGCAGGAUUUCAACACCAUGUUUACAAACUGUUACAUUUAUAACAAGCCCACAGAUGACAUUGUCCUCAUGGCUCAAGCCCUGGAGAAGAUAUUUCUGCAGAAGGUUGCCCAGAUGCCUCAGGAGGAGGUGGAAUUGCUACCCCCAGUUCCUAAAGGCAAAGGUCGCAAGCCCUCAGCGGGCACACAGAGCACAGGAGCUCAGCAAGCCGUGGCCGUGUCUUCCGUGUCCCCGCCGGCCCCGUUCCAGAACGUCCCUCCAGCCGUGUCUCAGACGCCCGUCAUCGCUGCCACCCCCGUGCCAACCAUCACCGCCAAUGUCCCGCCUGUCGCCGCCCCUGCCGCCGCCGUCCCGCCCCCGCCCGCCGCUCCGAUCAUGCCCGUGGUGCCUCCCACGCCCCCGGUCGUCAAGAAAAAGGGAGUGAAGCGGAAAGCAGACACCACCACGCCCACCACGUCUGCCAUCACUGCCAGCAGGAGCGAGUCCCCCACGCCGCUGUCGGACCCCAAACAGGCCAAAAUCAUCGCGCGCAGGGAGAGCGGCGGCCGCCCCAUCAAGCCACCAAAGAAGGACCUGGAGGAUGGAGAGGUCCCUCAGCACGCAGGGAAGAAGGGCAAACUCUCUGAGCACCUCAAGUACUGUGACAGCAUCCUCAAGGAGAUGCUCUCCAAGAAGCACGCAGCCUAUGCGUGGCCCUUUUACAAGCCCGUGGAUGCAGAGGCCUUGGAAUUACAUGACUAUCACGACAUUAUCAAACACCCCAUGGAUCUCAGUACUGUGAAAAAGAAAAUGGACAGUCGGGAAUACCAGGAUGCACAAGGUUUUGCAGCAGAUAUUCGGUUAAUGUUCUCUAAUUGUUACAAGUACAAUCCUCCAGACCACGAGGUGGUGGCCAUGGCAAGGAAGCUCCAGGAUGUCUUUGAGAUGAGGUUUGCAAAAAUGCCCGAUGAGCCUGCAGAGGCCCCCCCUCCACCUCCCCCAACAGCCCCAGUGGUGAGCAAAAGCACAGAGAGCAGCCACAGCAGCGAGGAGAGCUCCUCAGACUCCGACAGCUCCGACUCCGAGGAGGAGCGGGCGACUCGGCUGGCCGAGCUCCAGGAGCAGCUGAAAGCCGUCCAUGAGCAGCUGGCUGCACUGUCCCAAGCGCCAGUGAACAAACCAAAGAAAAAAAAAGAGAAGAAGGAGAAAGAGAAGAAAAAGAAAGAUAAAGAGAAGGAAAAAGAAAAGCACAAAGUCAAAGCUGAGGAGGAGAAGAAACCCAAGGUGGCUCAACCACCAAAACAAGCCCAACAGAAGAAAGCCCCAGCUAAGAAAGCGAACAGCACAACCACAGCUAACAGGCAGCCCAAGAAAGGAGGCAAACAGGCAUCUGCAACCUACGACUCGGAUGAGGAGGAGGAAGGGCUGCCCAUGACCUAUGACGAGAAGCGACAGCUCAGCCUGGACAUCAACCGCCUGCCCGGGGAGAAGCUGGGCAGGGUGGUUCACAUCAUCCAGUCCAGGGAACCUUCCCUCAGAGACUCCAAUCCCGACGAGAUUGAAAUAGAUUUUGAAACUUUGAAGCCCACAACGUUACGAGAACUGGAGAGAUACGUGAAAUCUUGUUUACAGAAAAAACAAAGGAAACCGUUUUCUGCCAGUGGCAAAAAGCAAGCAGCAAAGUCAAAAGAAGAGUUAGCUCAGGAAAAGAAGAAAGAACUAGAAAAACGGUUACAGGACGUCAGUGGGCAGCUAAACAACAACAAGAAGCCUGCAAAGAAAGAGAAAUCCGGCUCCACUCCCUCCGGAGGCCCCUCCCGGCUCAGCAGCAGCUCCUCCUCCGAGUCGGGGAGCAGCAGCUCCAGCGGCUCCAGCUCGGACAGCAGCGACUCGGAAUGAGCGCGGACACACGGACACAACCCCCAAACGGACACCCCCUCCUGCCCCUGCUCUGCAGAGUCCCCUCCCCUCCUUCCCCCUGCUCACGGUGGUCAGGUUUUAACCCCUCUUCUCUUUUCUCUGACUUGUUUUUUAUUUUAUUUUUUAACUCAGUGUUACAAAAGGUAUUUUCUUUUUUUUUUGGGGGGGGGGGAGGGGGCUCUUUUUAAUAGGUCAAAGAUCUUUGAGUGUGUGUGUGUGACUAGACUUUAUGACAAAUAGUUCUCUUUGCAUAAAGUCUCUAAAAUUUACAUUUAUCUGGAGAAAAUUGGUCGAAAAUGGAAGAACUUUGAGCUCUUAGCAGGAGAUAAAUAGAAAAUUCUGCAAGGUUUGUAGUACAUUUCCCUCCCAGCCCUUCCCUCUCCCCAGAAUAUUCUCUUUUAAUAAGCCUGCCUGGCUCACACAAGGUAAAAACCAUCUUUUUUUAAAGAAAUCUCUGUAAAAUGGUACUGUAUCUGAAAGAUGUUAGCUUUUGAACUAGUUGGUGUAUUUGUUAUUAGCACUAGUAUUCUUAAUCUCCAAGUCUACAGUGUGAUGAAAAUGUCAGAUGCUAUCAUCUUUUUACAUAAAAACAACAAAAAAAAUCCAAAAAAAUUCUCAUGUACUGUGGAUUGCUAACAUGCUUUUUUUUAAUCUUGGUAGAGGCAUAGGCACCUGUUCAGGAAGGUCUUGAAGCAUGAAUUUAACUUUUAAGCACACGAGCAAUAGAAGUGGUUGCAUUUCUUGGUUUUCCACUCAAAGGCUUCACUUUUCCUGGGGAUUCAUUGGGAAGAAGGGAGCAGGGACACCCUCAGGUUUCUUGGGAAUGUUAUUUUUACCAUGAAAUAGAUCAUUUCCAGGAAAUGGGACGCUCUCUAUGAAAGCUGUCAUGGAGCUGACAGGAGUUUUUUUGGCUGGGAGUUGCCAGCUGGAGCCUGGAGUGACCCCUGAGGUGACCAGGACAAGUCAUGUGCCCAUGACUGGGCACAUCUUGGGCAAUUCCUCCAUGACAAACACCUCAGCCUGGGCUUAAAAUAAAGCAGCACUUGAGCUCCAGCUGAGGCUGAGCUGGCAGGGGAAGUGGAGAGGGGUUUUGUGUGUGUUUGGGCUUUUUGCUUUUGAGUUUGCUUUGGUUUUCUCCCUUCUCCUCAUCAUUCUGGUAGUGAGCUCCUGGGAAGGGGGAUGCUCCUCCUGUGUCAGGCAGGGCUCAAGUUCCAGGCACUGAAAUGUUUUACCUCAGUGAAAAGAAGAAAGAGGGGAGGGAGAAUUUUUUAAAAAGCAAAUUUUUUUAAAGCUUGCUGUUUUUUUCAGUCCAGCCUAACAUUUUGACCUGCACUGCUGCAAUGCACCCUGGUUUCAGUGUCCCUAAUUUCAUGUACAUACCAUGACUUUAUUUAUUAAACACCAUUGGUCGUUUAAAAUGUAAUAAAACCUAACAAAAGCAAAGCUGGGGUUUUGCAGGCCAGCAGACAGGAAGAUUUUUAAUGAGAUUUGAACCAGAUUUAAAAAACAAACAACAAAGCAAAUAAAAAUCCACAACUUUAUUUAUAUACCUUGGACUUUCUACCUACAGGUGCUACAGUCCAGUCUCUCGUGUGUCUGGUGCUCUGUCAUGUUUGGUGUGUUCAUUUUUAGAUUUUUUUUCCUCCACUUUUCACCCCAGACCCCUUUUUUCCUGUUUUGUACAGAUUUUGGAGACAUAUACUUCAAUACAGUUUUAUUUUCUCAGUGGUCUUUUUUCCUCCCCUCUUAUUUUGUUUUGGUAGAACAAUGGGGGUUUGAUCCUUUUCUAAUCUAAUUUUAGGAAAACACCAGUUCUACAAUUAUAUCAAAUUUGUAAUCUGAGGGGCAGAAGUUUUAUUGUAAAUUAUUUUUCUUAUAAAGAAAAAAAAUAUACAGAAUUUAACAGAAAGUUCUGCCUUUCCAUCUCCAGCACCAGCCCCUAAAACUGCCUCUCCCCUGUGGGGUAGCCCUAAAUUUCACCUUCUGUGCUCUCCCAGAAGCACAGAAUCAUGAUUUUUCUUUUCCAUUAACAAUGGAGUUCAGUUCUGAUAUUUUUUUUUUAAGUUCUACCCUUACAAAACCUUCCCCUAAACAGAUCCCUGGUAAUAUAUUUUCAGAAUUUACUAUGAGGAAAUGUAAUAUUCACCUGAUUAAGAGCUUGGGUUUCUUUUUAACGGGGUUGGGUUUCACCUGUGUUUCUCCUGUUGCCUGCGACUUGAAUGACCAAAACCAAGGAAUAUUUUAAGGAAUAAUUGCAACCAAUUCACUGCCAUGGCUUUUGGAUAAACAAACUCCCAGUUUUCCCUUCCUGAGACCUUUUCCUGUGUGCUUGACCCUGAGCUGUGGUGGUGGCUGCUGUGGGGAGGACAGACCGGAGGCGACAGCAUCACUGCCACAAAAAAUCCUGGGAAUUUCAGCUCUGGCACCGUCCUCUGACAGCAGGAACAGCCCCUGGAACACACAGACAUCCCUCAAGGAGCCACGGGGCUGCCCCACCAAAAUUAGCUGGGAAAGCUGGAGCCAGAGGCUGAGAGCCAGGUGUGAGGUGAUGGGAGAAGCGUGGCCUGAGGCUGCUCAGCGCUGGAGGAGGAUCCCUGCUGGAGCUGGAAAACCAUCCCAGCCUGGGGCUUUCCCAGGAAAACAACCUGCCAAGGCCACCACGGAACGAAAAGAAUCUGCUGCACAUCUCUGAUCCACCAGCUGCAACUUGGGCUUCCACUUAUUGGGAAACUCUGCGUGGAAAGUGAGGUGUUCCCAACAAAAUGGAGCAGGGAGAAAUCCAUUUUGGCAUGACUGAGGGAAGAAUUUGGUGACUCCUCCCUUCCAAAUGCUGUCCUUACACUUCUCCAUUCCCAGCUUGUUUGUAGUGCUCGUUAUCCCCACCAUGUCCAUGGGGGUGCCUCUUGUACAUCCUGAGUUUCUCCAGGAAAGAAAAGAUGUUUCCAGUCCAGAGUAAGAAAGAGCAGUCCUGAAUGAGUUGGGAACUGAAGCAACAGAGCAUUUAUUUAACUGGCUUUUAUUGCAUGACACGUCAGUCCAGAUGUCACAAAAUAACUUGGAAACGAUCAAACACACAACGUUUGAAGGACAUUUUUAAACUUAAGAAUAAAAAAAAAAAAGGAAAAAAAUUAAAUUUUUAUGGUAGAAUUUUUCUUGAAUGAACAAAGUUUAACUUUGUUUUCCAGGGGAAACUUCACUGAAAUCAGUAUGAUUUCAUAUGUAUGCAUACACACAGAGUUUUAUUGAAACUGCUUUUUUCGGACUAAUUCCUGUUUUGACAAAAUAUCUGACCAGACCUUUCUCAAUCAACCAGCAUUACUGCACCUUUUUAAAAACUUUGUGAACCUUUUCUCUGAUUGUAAACUCAGCCUGUCUCGUGGCUCAGUGGGACCAGAGGGAGAUUCCCCAUCCCAGCGACCGAAGGAGUCUCUCAGCUCUCUGCACACCAAAUGUGUCACCUCCACAACAAAAAAAACAACAAAACCAUUUUAAUUUUUGUACUGGUGUGGUUUGAACCUUGCCUACCCCAGGGUUUGCAAGUGUGGGAGGGAUGUUUCAGGGCUGUGUCACUGCUGGCAGGGUGGUGAGCCCCAAACACACACAAGCAUCAUUUCCCCCUGAGCUCUCUUCCCUCUUCCCUGUGUGGUAGCAGCAGUUACCUAACCUAGUUCUUUCUCUGCUUUGGGGAGCAGUUUUUAAUUUUGGGGUUUUUUUUUUCCUUGUUUUGAAAGGAAUGAUGUUUUUUUUAAAGCUGGGGUUGGAGCUGAGGGGAAGGGAUCGGGGCAUGACAAAGACGAACCACAACCUUUUUAGUACUGGAUUUAAAUUCUCAGUCUCUUCUCAACUGUGAGAGUUACCACUAGGGCUAACUGUGGGCAGGCUCUGCAUCAGUAAAGAGAAAUUUAGGAUUCCUUACACAGCAGCGUUAUCUUGCUUGAGCUGCAUUUUGUAAAGAAAAUGGUAUUUGCAUAUCUUUUUAAAAUGUCAUUUUUAAAAAAGAAAUUAAACCACCAGCUAGGAUUUGACACAGGCCACUUAGAACACAGCCCUGAUACUGGCAUAACCAAUCCAGAAAGAUUUGUUGUUGUAUUUUUUGUUUUGUUAUUUUGGGGUUUUUUUAAUAUUUAAAAGAAAAAAAGAAAUUGUUACUUUUCUGUAUGAUGUGCAUGCAAAUUUACCGUAACUCUUUUUCUUAAAACUUUUUAGUGCCAUUUCUAGUAUAUUCCUGUAAAUGUCAGUUAUUGAAAAGAAAUGAGUCAAUGUAAGUAGUUUAGCUUGUUUAUUGCAAAUUGCUGGCCUCAAACAAAACAGAAUUAAAAAAGAGUUAGAAAGUAAUCUUUGAUGUUACUGGUAAUCACGGACCCUGGUCCUGGGGCAUUCGUUUUGUUUUCAUAAUAAAAAGAAAAAUUGUUUGGUG